AUCAGAUCCCUUAUCUCCAGGGUGUGCUGCUGACCAUAAAACUGCAAGCUAUUUUCAUGGGUACACUAUCGAGAUCGGUUUUUUUUGCGCCUCUUUGUAGCUAGCGAGCAGCACUCCCCUGUCCCUUGAAGUUCUACCUCCCUUCUUUUUCCUUUCCACAAUAUGCUGCGUGUACAGCCGCUAGUCCGGGUCUCGCGCCUGUUUGCUCGAUCAGCCACAGCUGGUAUGGCCAUUCGACCGACUAUCUCUCCGAUCAUGCUCCGGCCAGGAAGUAUUUUGAACCAUCAGCAGCCCCGCCUACACUCGCUCAACCAGACGCUGUACCGGGCAUUUCACAGCACCAGAGCCAGUCUAAAUGAUUCCUCGAAGCCGCCGGCAACGGCUACUGAGCGGCAGUCGCCAGACCCGAAGAACGAGAUCAAGCUGCCCAUGUACGACAUGCCCAUGUUCAAGCAGAUCCGGCAUCUGCGCAUGGUGUUCCUGGUCAACGUGUUUUGCUCGACUGCACUGAGUCUUUGGGUGCGCACCGACGACAUUUACACGGUUCUGGCGGCCGGUGCAAUCAUGGCUGCUGGGUUCAUUCCUCUUGCUUUUGUCCAGCUCAUGUACUACGACCAUGUCAAGAGCAUCCGGAUCCUAGGCGCUCUGACUCGCAAGCAGCUGAACAUGAAAAAGGCGCUGGGCCCGGACAGCCAGAUCGAGUUCCCGGUUGUGAGCGAGACUCCGCUGCUUAUUACCAGAUACAGCCUGUCGGGAUCAGACCCCAGCACGCCGGUAUAUGCGAGAGAUCUGGUUCCAGGCACAGAGAGAAAGCGUAGUGUGCAGUGGCUCAUUCGUGACACCAACAUCGGGUUCCACGAUGCCCCCUCUUUCCUCCCAGACACUCUGUGUUUUAUUUUUCCACCUUCUUAUAUUAAAGCAGCCUCUGAUGGCAAACCACAACAAAGUGCAAUGGCCUCCAAAGCGUAUAAGCUAAGGGUUGUUAGCUGCGUCUAUCAGAAUUAUUGGGAGGGACAGGUGGUCAAUGGCAAGAACAAGGUCGUGCAGGGCUAUGUCACCUACAUUCGUCUUUGUGGAAACGGCGGCGUAUCUGCUAUAGUUCCUUGCAAAUGGGGACCUGGUGCGGAUGAAACCAUUGAACUCCACCACCAUUUCCGCGAGCUCCUAGGCUACAAACUGGACGAUACCAUCACCGUAGAGCGUUUUGAACACUCCAAGGAGGCCGAAGUUAUUACUCUUGCACCUAUUGACAGUACAGCCAUCUACCCCCCGAGCAAAGGCAAGGCGGCAGUGUCAGUUUCCCCGUUGGAAGCCAAAGUCCGAUACGAGCCUGUUGGAAUUCCCACUACUGAGCUUAAGGAGGGGCUGAAGGAAUUCUUCCAGACGUACAGAGACACCGUGGUCGUGAAGGGGGACGUGCUGUCGUGUGCCAUCAAUGAAAAGUACGUUGACUUUAUAGUCAUGUACACUUCUGAGGACGGGCCGUGUCGCAUCAAGGACCCGGAUUGCAUUCAUGUAUCUUCGCCAUUGAUGCGUCGAGAGCUGCUGCCUAGAUUCGCGCUAAUUGGAGGCUACAAGGAAAAACUCGGCAUACAGCAGGCACGCGGCAUCAUCCUACAUGGCCCUGCAGGGCACCGGAAAGCUAGUGAGGUCGGGAUGAGGUUUCUCUGCAUCAGUGGACCUGAGAUGAACCUGCGUAAAAAGUUUGACGAAGCAGCCAGCCAAACUCCUGCACUCCUCUUCAUCGACCAGCUAGACGCCAUUGCAGCCAAGCGAGACCCCAACAACAGAGAGGCCUCCAAAUACACUCUCGUGUCGCAGCUAUUGGUACUGAUGGACCAGCUCUUACCGGACGUCACGGUCGUUGCUGCAACUAACUACAUACACGAAAUCGACCAUUCCCUUCGUAGUUCUGGCCGCUUCUCCCAUGAGAUUGAGAUAGGUAUCCCAACUGAAGAGGAGCGGAAGGACAUUCUGACAAAGAUUUUGGAUGGCAUGUCGCUGGACCCUGGCACUAGACCUACUAUAAUCGACGAGGUGGCUAAGAAGACGCAUGGAUAUGUUGGUGCCGAUCUCCAACUGCUGUGCACAGAGGCAGGGCGCCAUCGACUACACACAGAGCGAGAGCACAGCGCGAAUCAGACAGCAAGCGUAUCAUCGCCUAGGCUAUAUAUUGCCUAUGAAGAUUUCGAGCAUGCGCGCAAGGUUGUCAAACCGUCUCUAUUGCGGGAAAUGGCCUUUACCAUCCCAGCCGAGUGCUUCGACGACAUUGGUGGAAUGGACAGCACCAUUACUGAGCUUAAGAGCAUCAUCGAGGACCUAGUUGAUCACAAGCCCACCUUUGAUACAUACCGUAUGCCGCUGCCACGUGGAAUGCUUCUUUAUGGCCCGCCAGGCUGUGGAAAGACCAUUCUAGCGAAGGCAACCGCAAACGCGGGACGGACGCAUUUCCUGCAGAUACGUGGGCCAGAGCUAAUCGACAAAUACGUAGGCGAGUCUGAGGCCCGAGUGCGCCGGAUCUUUGCCAGAGCGCGGUCGGUGGCCCCAUGUAUCAUCUUCUUUGACGAGAUCGACGCACUCACAAAGAAACGCACAGGUGUAAACGAAGGCUGCGCCACGCUGGAUGGAGUACUGACCCAGCUCCUGACGGAGCUUGACGGCAUGAUCGACUGCAAGGGUGUUUUUGCAUUGCUUCGUCCUGGCCGCCUGGAGAAGCUGGUCCACAUAAAGAUGCCCAGAGAAGAUUCCAGGGCAGCGAUUCUGAGACGGCUUUUGUGCAAGUUUGAUCCGCACCAGCUAAAGGUGGAUAUCGAAAAGAUAGCCAAGCACUCCUCUGGAUACUCGGGCGCCGACUUGAGGGAGCUCUGCAGAAACGCCUUCAGGCAUGCAAUACGUGCUGUCAAUCCAGGUCGUGAUGGGACUAUGGCGGAUGUCACGCUGUCUCCAGAGGACUUUAUAAGAGCCUUUGGCGAGAGUGGGCCGUCGGUGAGCAAACAAACAAUUCAAGAAUAUGAAACAUUCGAGAUAAGAAAUGGAAGACGCCAGCGCAUCCCAUCUAUUUAUGAAAUCUCAUCAUCGCCAUCAAUACUGCCUGACGCCGAUAGCAGCCAGAUACAGGCUAAGGAGCAGGAGCAGCUGUAGUUUAGCCUCAUUUGAAUAUGGAAUACCAAGCACCAAACCAUCUUGUC